GCGGGAAAGCACGUAGUUCGGUGCAUCGCGAAUCGCGGUCGGUUUUUUUUUAUUUUUAAAAUUGUGGCUUUGGAAUCAAAGUAUAUAGUGACUGGAAAAUUGCACAUGGAUUUUGGAUAUUGUGGAAAAUGUUUUGUGUUAUGUUUCUGGAACUGUCGCCUGUAUUGUGCAACAAAUAGGGAUUUCUUUUGAGGACACGGAACGAUCCAAAAUGUUGAAGUGGACUGUAUACGGUAAGAAGAACCAAGACGUACGAUCAGUCCACGAGCUGGACAUCGAAGAUCGAGAGCCGUACACCAACGAACCAUACAACAACAAUGUCAGGAGAUCACUCGACGCACAAUCAGUAAAGAAAAGCAAGAAACCCAGCAGAUACCAAAGGCGAUCUCUAGGAUCUGCAGCCAGGAAGAACAACAUCAAAACUGUAGAUAAAGAAAACUUCAAUUACAUAGGGAAUACUCCAAACUAUUUCAAGGAAGGUUUCGUAAAAAAAUCUGAAGGUCUAGCACUGAAAGAUGUUAGCAACAUCACUCCUUCUUCAGCAACACCCGUGAAGAAUUAUGAAAGGAGAAAAUACUAUAUCAAUGGUUCCAAAGAGGAUAUACCACCAGACCUGCCGCCCACUCCUCCAACGUACAGCAGACGAGUACGGGAAGCCAAGAAAAGGAAACUAGAAAUGACUAGCGCCAAUGAAUGCUUUAGGAGAGACAGCUGCGCGUAUAGGUCCGAAAGGCGAAUCAAACAUGUCGACAGAAGUUUACUUACAUCGCCAAAAUUAAGUCAUAGCACCUCAGAACCUUCAUUAAAUGAACUUUCUGAUAGGCUAAGCGUAUCAAAUGAUAGUAGCAAAACUUCCUACCUAGCUGGUAAGAGAUUGGGCAAACCUAUAAGUACCACAAAAACAACAAGCGAAGGACUCGUUGAAAUAGAGUAUGAUAAAGAUUUAGUCAUAAACUGUAUAGAAAAACCAAUUUCCUUAACCAAAGUGACAGAGAAAACUACCUUACCUAUUUUUGGACAUCACAUAUUUAUGGACAAUCCCUUAUAUUUCAAUAAAAAUGAUGGUCUCAAUAUAAGGCCAUUGAAAAGGACAAGGAAGAAAUCAAACGAAUUUGAGAGUUCUUUUAGAUCACCUUCUGUAGAUAAGAAAGAUACUCAUACCUUAGUAAGAGAUGGCUGCUCGCCUGUCUCUAUCACACCUUUGUCCGUAAAGUUAGCUGCACUGAGGUUUAGCACAAUGAGCACGCAUAGCAAAUCUCAAAGAAAGCCUUUUACGGAUGACGUGACAGAAUUCUUUCCCAAAGUAGAGAAUCCUUUUACUAUUCCUCUUAAAGAUGAAGAAACUUCAACUGAGAUGGAAAAUAAGUUUAUUUUGGGUAAAGAUUCUUUGACAAAUGACACAGAAUCGACAGUGUCAACGACUCAGAUGGGAGAUGUGACCCUCGAACGAAUGAUUGAAGAUAUAAUCAAGAGUACUAAAAUAGUCAAAACCAAACGAAGAAUAUUGAAUAAAGAGUUCGAUAACAAACCUACAGUUGAAGAAGAAAUUCCUCCACUAGAAGCUGUAAAAGAUCUAUUUGUUAAUCCACAAGCUGAAAACAAGGCCAAUUUAAUAAAAGAAGCAAGGUACGUUAAUUUAUCGAGAGAAAAUUCAGUGUCACCGAAGUGUACUCCAACGAAAAGGAUAAAACCUGUUCACAGGGUAAAUGAGAAAUUAUUGAAAAAUCUACCUAUUGGAUGUUUUAUCUUAGACGAUGGUGAUGGUUAUAACGAAAGGGAAGUAAGAACUCCUGAUAUUUUUAUAGAACCCAAGUCAAGAGCGAGAACUGGAAACAGGAAAUUAGUAAAUAGGUCGCAAUCAAUGAACAUCUCACAACACGAGAAGAGUAAUCUCGGUCAUGUUUCCUCAGAAUCAAGUCCAGAUUUAUUUGCAGCAACAGAAAAUAACAAUAAUGUAGCAUUACGAAGACAAAGAUGUAUACGAAGGAAAAAAUCUACUGUAAGCAACGAAAGUCAUAGGAGACCAAGAGAAAACGAAACCAAAUCGACUUCUUUCCUUACACUUGAAAUGGGUAUCCCAAGCCCUGCUUUAGAACUUCAAAAUGUAUCGUUAUGUGAGCCUUUAAGUUCAUCGUUUAACUAUCUAGCUCCAUGUGACCAGGAGUAUGAACAGAAUCAGUAUCACAACAAUACGUCUAUAGUCUCAAACGUCUCUCAUAGUAGCUUAAUGCCUAACGAACCAUUACCUCAAAACAAAAGGUCAAGAGAACUGUUUGGUCUCACAUUAGAAAACGGUAUACCAAGUCCGAUCACUCCAAUUGCUGGCUCAAAGAGAACAAGCAAUGUUUUGAGUGAAGAAAGAGCUCACAAAAGCAGUAAACUUGAUGAGGAACUUCUUUCAACUGACAUUGUCACACCAGUCAUCGAGCAUAAGUCUUCUAGAAGAUGCUUAACGUACUCUCCCGAAGAAUGCAGCAUUAACAGCAGUGAGGAGAAACGUAGAAGUGUAGCAAGCAAUCGUCUGGAAAGAAGUACAGAUAGAUACCAAGCACCCAAAGGCACAAUUGAUUUGGAGAUUGUGACGAGGAAUGACGUCAUUGACGUGCACGUGAUUCGCUGCCGCGAUCUUCAGCGGUCUACAGGAAGAACGGAUGACAUUAAUGCCUAUGCAAAGGUCGUGAUCAGUGGAGUACCAGAGAACCAGCCUCUGCCCACACAAAGGUCGAUAUUCCAGAGGACAUCAGUUCUAUACGGCAAGAAAGAACCAGAGUUCCAGAGGCACCUGAAACUGCCCCUCCCACCUGUAAUGUACGAGCACCAAAUGCUCUACAUCUCUGUCUGGCAUAGAGAUAAAAAGUACAGGCGGAGCGAGUUCCUAGGAUGUGUCUCGUUCCCACUAAAAGAUGCGAGCAGUAGUGACGUCAGCGGGACCUACUUCCUCCAAGGGCGGCAGGGCGCGACCAAUGAGCGGAGCGAGCGACCAGUGACCGAGGACAAGCGCAAGAUGGCCACCGACAACAUUGAGACCAGCACCAAUGACGGGACUAAAGAGAACCAUAAUGAUAAAGGAGUGGCAACCAACGGCCCGUCGUCAGCAACGAGCACGAACCAAGCACAAGUGGCCGCUGCUUUGCAAAGGGAGGCAGACGAGCACCUGUUCCUGCGAUACUUGGAGCUGGACCCGCCUGACGACCCGGCCGCGCCUAGACGAGCCCCUAGAAAUGGCCGCACCCCCUUCACUACUACUAGGAAACUCGUCCGCGGAGCAGCCGGUGGCUUCGGCUUCACGGUGGUCUGGACCAGACCACCCCGCGUGGAAAGGGUAGCAGCGGGGGGGUCUGCGGAGCGCGCGGGGCUUCGAGCUGGCGACUAUUUAGUCUUCGUGGGCAAUAAGAAUGUCGUCACAGCGCCUGAGGAGGAGGUCCGGAAUCUCGUUAAAUCAGCAGGCCAGUUCUUAACGAUAGAAACGUUUAGACGGGUGCCCCCAAACGGUGUGGGCGUGCGUCCGCGCCUCGCUCAAGUGACGAUCCCCGCGCCGGAGUCGACCCCGCCGCCCGCGCCCCGCUCCCCCCGCGCGACCGCGCUGGCCUCGCCGGCGGCCGCGGCGCGCCCCCCUACCGCGUGUUCGUCGACCAGCCAGUCGCUCGACCGCCGCAAACUGCACUUACCGCAAGUCACCUUCUCCAAAGAGACGCCAGGUCUCUCGACGGACGUGCGCAAGCGCGCCCUCCUGGCGGUAGUGGCGAGGGAACAGCACUACGCCACGUGCCUCCAGUUUGGGCUGGUGAGGUUCGUGUCUCCGCUCGCUGAGAGAGCCGAUCUGAUCGCGCCGAACGAUCACCAGCUGCUGUUCCAGAAUAUCGAAGAAAUCUUUCGACUGUCUGAAGACAUCUUGGACCAAGUAGUGCAAGAUGACGGGGAGAUACAAACGUCAACGGUGGUGGCGGUGUACCUUCAGAAGACCCCUGUGUUCCUUAGCCUUUAUAAGAAAUAUUGUCUAGGAUUGAAAAGAGCAGAUUGUGUUCUGGUCAAAAAGUCAAAAGACCCGAGUGGAGCGUUCUCUCGCUUCUGCACCAGCCCGCCUAUACCUCGAAGAAGGCCGGACAUCACGUCACUCGUCCACAAGCCCUUGGAGCAGUUCCGAGAACUGCUGAGGCUGAUGAGGACUGCUGCGGCUGCCACCGGCGCUGGCCCGUAUGACCAGCUGGAGAAGAAGCAGCUGCAAGUCAUAGUGGAGCAGUUACAGAGUGGAUAUCAAGACGUAACAGCUGGGUCUGGGCUGAUGGGUCUAGCUGGUGAUGGGAAGCCUCUACUGUCGGUCUCAGAUCUGGAGAGCAGACUGGUGUUCACUAGGUGUAAACCGUUCGUGCUAAGCACAGCUGGCAGACAGUGGAUCUUCGGCGGGGAGCUCUCAAGGGUGGAAGGCCGCGCGGUCAGACCGUACUGGGCACUGCUGUUCACGGAUCUGCUACUCUUCGCGACAGUGUCAAGGGACCGAGUGCUGUUCGUCACGGAGGAGCCGGUCGCUCUGGGAACCGUGUCGGAAGCACAGUUCAAUGUUAGGAAAAAAGCGACGGAGUUCCGCCUCAUCCUGGGCAGGACCGGCGGGGAAAGCCCGCUAGUGUCGUGUGCCCCGCGAACGCCCCACCGCACGCGCACCGUGGUCCUUCGAGCGCCUUCGAUAGACUUGAAGGCAGUGUGGCAGAGCUUGCUGCAACGGCAAAUAUACCGCGCGCACACGAUGACAGGGACGCCCCUGGGCUCGCCUCUGGACUCGCCGGACCCUCAGCUGACGUUCUCCCUCGCCACCCUGGACUCGCAGCAACGCCAGGUAUCCGCGUCCAGCAUCCAACGGCACUCUAGCCUGGCUCUCCUGCCAGCCAGCUCUUACCGCUCCCACCUCAACAUGCUCGUAGAAGAACGCCCCGAAAAAGAAGUCAGGGUUAGUUUUGAUGUCCGCACAAGCUCAGAUUCCCCCACACCGCAACCUGUCAGGGGCCCACUCAGCACUGUUUGGAGAACAGCUCCCACACCAGAAACACCCUCAGCAAACUUAUCCCCAGCUGAAUCGCAAACGUUUUCGUCCCACUUUGUCUCAUCCUCCAGUAUUGAAAAGAACGAGGAGAGAGCCACGUCCCCGAGUGCUCAACUCACCCCUGAAGGUGGUGAAGACUAUUCAGAAACUUCUCCAUGCAGAUGGGAGUCUUUUGAAGCAGAUCUGGCUUUAGCAGACUUAGACGUCGAUCCUUCUUAUAAACAUGCAGUGGAAGAACGGAUCUUUUUGCCCGAUGAUCCCUUGCUGCCACGAGUGGCCCUGCCAGAACGGCCGACUCCCCCUGCUUAUUUAGAACUUUGAUCCGCGGAGUCAGAUCCGGAGUUAGCAGACUCCUGCUUUCCCCGGAGAUCUGGCUACAAAUGGAGAUAAAUGAAACGUCGACAAACACUACGACCUUUCCAGUGGUGUUCUGUGCUCCUGUGGCAUUAGAUGGUGUUUAGGCAAAGAAUCCACAGAAGCAGUGAGCUUUUGUCGCGUAGACGCCCAGAGGGCGCGAGCAAAGUUUGUUGGAUUGUUAAAAAUUGCUUAUAGAUGAGAAUAAGGUUGUGGUAAAAAUUUUGAGAGACAUAUUUUCGAACAUUAGCAGUAUUGAAAAGAAAUCUCGGUAUUUUGAUUAUAAUAGAAAAUUAUUAAUAAGUCUGAUACCCACUUAUGAUAUUACAGUGUUAUUGUAUUAAUAUGAAAACCCAACCGAGUGCUGCAAAAGUUUUCUCAGAACUGAUAUAAUCCACAAAUGGGGUAAUUAGAGGUACAACUUGCUUAAGUAUUAACCAAUUAUAAUGCCAAUUUACAUUUUAACAAAUAGUAAUCAGUGUCAAAAUUGUAACUGUAGGGUACCAAGCCGUAAUAAUACUUAAAGACUUCGAACCUAGCUCGUUUUAUAAUAUAUUUUUGCUUCUUACGUCUUCCGUCCUUUAACUUUGACGAGUUACGCUUUUCUUCUAAAAUUACUAAUUUCAGAGGCAAUUUUGAAUUUGUUUCUACACUAUCUUCUUCUUAUGAAUGUACUAAUGACAUUUUAUUCAACAUAAUAUUAUUGUGUAACGGAGUAACUACCUAGAUGACAUUCUUUUCCACUGUAUCGAUGUUGUAAGCAUGUGACUUCAGAUUCUUACAUUGUAAAUCUGUACAUAACAUGGAAUCACUUGUACAGGUCAUGUGGAUAUUUGGCGAUCAGCUUCGCGAAAUCAAAUCAUGUAGAAAAUCAUCGUAGAUUUUAUGUAAAGCAAUUAUAAUUUGAACAUCGCUUCUUUUCGCACUUCGCCUAGAAAUUAAUGUGUUUACUUUGAACAAUGGUAGUCGGUGUAACACUUCAAUGUGAUAUAUUUUAGCUACUGCUUUUUGUUUUUGUAUAAUAUAAACAUAUAGAUAAAUAUGUGGAUCAUGUAAUAGCAGAUGUAUAUUGAUAUUAGACUACGCGUAUUAUAUCGCUAGCAUCGCAAAAUGUUCACAUAACCUAAACCCGGGUUUUUAUGUGUAUAUGACCUCCUUUUUUACAAAAAGAAUUCGUAGUUAGAAUCAAUAAUUUUCGAUGUCUUUGGCUGUGUGUAAAUUUUAAUAUAGUAAUAGAAUACAAAAAAGAUAAUUUUGAGAAAACAUUUUACUUGAAAUUCUGGGUUCUUUGUGACAUUUAAUGGACUUAAAAUAUAAUAAAUAUGAAUUUGGAUGUUUAUGUUUAGAUCGGAGCAGUAUAUUUCUAAUAUCCGUAAUAAAGUG